CCGGCUCGACUCCUGGUCUCGUCACCGUCAGAAAACCACCAAAGACCCCCGUCCCGCCCGCCUGCGCUGCUCUCCUCUCCCUCUCCUCACCAAGACUCUGAGCCCCGAUCACCAGAGCAAAUAGACCGUCCGUUUUCGACAAUACUCCCUCUCCGAUACCGAUACCAAUCCACUCGGCAAAGGCCAGAAACAGCAGUCUACGAUCCCCUCAACAGCCCACACACGUCACCACCAGCUCAGUCACCCAGUCACCCAGUCACUCGACUCUUUUGCUCGUAUUUCUCGCAACAGGAAAACGAACAAACAAGUCAAACCAAACACCACCCAUCAAAAUGUCUUGUCCCAUCAGCUCUGUCUAAAUGGCUCUCAACGUUUACACAAGCCGCCAACCAACCAACAACAACAACCAGACAACCCGGCUCUUUCUUCUCGGUUCCUCCUUUCUCAGUCUUUCAUUCAGCCCAGAUACCACUUCGACUUCAUCCUUAUCGCAUUUCCUCUGACCAAGCAGCUUCUACGUGAUACCCCUUGUGAUACCCACUUUCCGUUUCUGGCGUCAUCGGAAUACCACAACUGCACGACUUUCUCGCAUACCAUGGACGAUCCCGGCUGUGCUUGGCCCUUUUGGAAGUUUGGCUUGCAAAAGGAUGACCUCACCACCACCCUACAUGACCGCUUCAACACCAUUCCCUCGGCCAUCCAGGACCCAGAGGCAUUCCACCAUGAUGUCUAUGAAAUCUCCACCAGAGCCUCAACUCUCACAGAGUUUGAGAACUUGAUGGAAGAGCGCAAGAAGCUGCGCUUGGAGGAAUUGAAUGGCAUGUUGGAGGAUGCAAGUUUCGAGAUCAUCGGUAACCCAUCCCUCAUCGGCACCGAGCAGUGGCAGUAUGCCAUCCAGCUCUUCCGCACAAAGUCCCUGGACUCCCUGGUCCGGUACUUCUCGUCCUACCUGCCUCAGGAACACCCUUGGCACCAUGACAGCGCGUCACCUAUCAGCAGCACCGGCAGCUCGCAACCUGCCAUCUUCGACUGUGACGGGCCCAUGUUCUUUGAUGAGCCCGAGGAAGACGAUACAUAUUACACCAACGAACACUCCCAAACUUUCGACAUCACAGAAAUCUCUCUCGACCAACCGACUCGCUCAAUGACUGUGCGGUCCGAGGAUUCUGGCGUCUCCGUCUCCGAACGCGUCCAACAGAACCAUAAGUACCUGGCCCGCACCUCCCAGCGGGCCAUGUCCUUCUCCGAGUCCGAGUCUGAGCCUAUACACAUACAUGACUCGAUACCUGCACUUCACGACGACGACGUCACAUCGCAGUCCGAUGACCCCGAGACUCCAUCAACGUCCGUCUCUGACUUGUCGGAUACUGAGUCUCAAGGGAAGGACACGAUGUUGACCACGAUUGUCGACGACGAUGCUCACGACGAAUAUCUCUCCAUAACCCAUGCUCAACUCUCUUCCAUGGACUCGAUGGAAUCCGAAACUCCUACACCCAAACCCGAACGCACUCACUCAUCUGCAGCUCCAUUUUUCGACACGAGACUAUCACCACUACGGGCUCGUAGUCUAUCUUCCAGCCAUACAUAUCCCCAUCACGCACAUCCGGCCCACGAGGACUUCAGCAGACAACAUGCGACCACCCGACAGUUACGACGAAGGGACACCAGCGUCGAUCGUCAGCGAUCAAGGUACGAAUCGCGCGGAAGGUCUAGCCGAGUGCAAAAGCCUACGGUUGAGCCACGAGGUAUCCGCCAGCGAGGUAGGAGGCAUGUGGGUGCCUAGAUAUGGGAUCCCAUGGUGUGGCAGUGAUCGUUGGUGGACGGGUCGGUGGAGGCCCAUGGUAGUGACGAGGGCACCCAAAGCAUGUACAUAUAUACAUGGGGGACGCCGUUGUAAAUACUGUAAUGACUGUCGCAGCAAUGCGCUAACGAACAAAUUAUUCCU